GGAUUGCACUGUAGGAUACCCAGUUGGUGUCAGAGAAAAUGGUGUCAGAAAAAAAGACAUCUCACUAUGUUUACACUAAAUGUAAACCAGACAUUUUUCUGCUCCAGCACAGGAGCAAAUGGAAACCCAUGGUUUUGACCAGCUGCAGCCAUUAACGAAGUUGCAAAUAUGAAGCAUUGAUUUAACACCAAGCAUGAAUCUUGAUUGGGAAGACAGGCGUUGCAUCAAAAUGUGGAGGUUACUUGCACAAGUUAACUUUUUCUAAAUGUUGCAUCACUGUGUACUGGUUGGCUUCCAAAUACUUUGUCUUCCCUAUGGGCCAUAUAUUAGAUAAUCAAGGAAUUUUUCAAAUAGAAACUAAUUGCAGAGUUUCCGGUUGACCAGCAUUCAUAGGGUAGCAUUUGAAUGCAUAGAAUUGGUUUGCCAUGUCUCCAUAAGUAAAAGAUGGCCGUGGUUUCCUAGAGUAGAAUGAAGACCAACACAGAGAUGGUGUGUCUAAGAAAUUUCAAAAGGUGUAGGCCUCCUGAUUGAAGCAUAAUCUACUUAUUGGAAUCAUUUUUUUCAUUAUAUUUCUGUACUCCAACAAGGAAAAGUCAUGAUUACGCUAACAGAGCUAAAAUGUUUAGCAGAUGCCCAGUCAUCUUAUCACAUCCUCAAGCCAUGGUGGGACGUCUUCUGGUAUUACAUCACCCUGAUCAUGCUGCUGGUGGCUGUGCUGGCCGGAGCGCUCCAGCUGACGCAGAGCAGGGUUCUGUGCUGUCUUCCGUGUAAGGUGGAAUUCGACAAUCACUGCGCCGUGCCUUGGGACAUCCUGAAAGCCAGCGUGAACACGUCCUCUGAUCCUAGGACACCGCUUCCGCUGCCUGUCAGAAUCCAGAAUGACCUCCACCGCCAGCAGUACUCUUAUAUCGACGCCGUCUGUUACGAGAAACAGCUCCACUGGUUCGCAAAGUUUUUCCCCUACCUGGUGCUCUUGCACACGCUCAUCUUUGCAGCCUGCAGCAACUUCUGGCUUCACUACCCCAGUACCAGCUCCAGGCUGGAACAUUUUGUGGCCAUCCUUCACAAGUGCUUCGACUCUCCGUGGACCACCCGCGCCCUGUCAGAAACGGUGGCCGAGCAGUCUGUGAGGCCCCUGACACUCUCCAAGUCCAAGGUUUUGCUUUCCUCCUCAGGGUGUUCAGCCGAUGUUGACUCCAACAAGCAGUCGUUGCCCUACCCGCAGCCUGGCUUGGAGUCACCUGGCAUAGAAAGCCCAACUUCCAGCGUCCUGGACAAGAAGGAGGGCGAACAGGCCAAAGCCAUCUUUGAAAAAGUGAAAAGGUUCCGCAUGCACGUGGAGCAGAAGGACAUCAUUUAUAGAGUGUAUCUGAAGCAGAUUAUAGUCAAAGUCAUUUUGUUUGUCCUCAUCAUAACUUACGUUCCGUAUUUUUUAACCUACGUCACUCUUGAAAUUGACUGUUCAGUUGACGUGCAGGCUUUUACAGGAUAUAAGCGCUACCAGUGUGUCUACUCCUUGGCAGAAAUAUUUAAGGUCCUGGCUUCGUUUUAUGUCAUUUUGGUUAUACUUUAUGGCCUCACCUCCUCCUACAGCUUGUGGUGGAUGCUGAGGAGUUCCCUGAAGCAAUAUUCCUUUGAGGCGUUGAGAGAAAAAAGCAACUACAGCGAUAUUCCUGAUGUCAAGAAUGACUUCGCCUUCAUCCUCCAUCUGGCUGAUCAGUAUGAUCCUCUUUAUUCUAAACGCUUCUCCAUAUUCCUCUCGGAGGUCAGUGAGAACAAACUGAAACAGAUCAACCUCAAUAACGAAUGGACGGUUGAGAAACUGAAAAGUAAGCUUGUGAGGAAUUCCCAGGACAAGGUAGAACUGCAUCUUUUUAUGUUAAACGGUCUUCCAGACAAUGUCUUUGAGCUAACUGAAAUUGAAGUGCUAAGCCUGGAGCUUAUCCCUGAGGUCAAGCUGCCCUCCACAGUCUCCCAGCUGGUCAACCUCAAGGAGCUUCAUGUGUACCAUUCGUCUCUGGUGGUAGACCAUCCUGCACUAGCCUUCCUAGAGGAGAAUUUAAAAAUCCUCCGCCUAAAAUUUACUGAAAUGGGGAAAAUUCCGCGCUGGGUAUUUCACCUGAAGAAUCUCAAGGAACUUUAUCUGUCAGGCUGUGUUCUGCCUGAGCAGUUGAGUACCAUGCAAGUGGAGGGAUUUCAGGACUUAAAAAACCUGAGGACCCUCUACUUGAAGAGCAGCCUCUCCCGGAUCCCGCAAGUCAUUACAGACCUCCUGCCUUCACUGCAGAAGUUGUCCCUCGAUAAUGAGGGGAGCAAACUGGUUGUGUUGAACAACUUGAAAAAGAUGGUCAAUCUGAAAAGCCUAGAGCUGAUCAGCUGCGACCUGGAACGCAUUCCACACUCCAUUUUUAGCCUGAACAAUUUGCAUGAGUUAGACCUAAAAGAAAAUAAUCUUAAAACUGUGGAAGAGAUCAUUAGCUUUCAGCAUCUUCAGAAUCUUUCCUGCUUAAAGUUGUGGCACAAUAACAUUGCUUAUAUUCCUGCCCAAAUUGGGGCAUUAUCUAAUCUAGAGCAGCUCUCUUUGGACCAUAAUAAUAUUGAGAAUCUGCCGCUGCAGCUUUUCCUAUGCACCAAACUACACUAUUUGGAUCUAAGCUAUAACCACCUGACCUUCAUUCCAGAAGAAAUCCAGUAUCUAAGUAAUUUGCAGUACUUUGCUGUGACCAACAACAAUAUUGAGAUGCUACCAGAUGGGCUGUUUCAGUGCAAAAAGCUGCAGUGUUUACUUUUGGGGAAAAAUAGCCUGAUGAGUUUGUCCCCUCACGUGGGUGAGCUGUCGAACCUUACUCAUCUGGAGCUCAUUGGUAAUUACCUGGAAACACUUCCUCCUGAACUGGAAGGAUGUCAGUCCCUAAAACGGAGCUGUCUGAUUGUUGAGGAAAAUUUGCUCGCUACUCUUCCUGUCCCUGUCACAGAACGUUUGCAGACGUGCUUAGAUAAAUGUUGACCUAAAGAGAAAAUAAUUUUCAAAAGUAUGCCGCAGGGCUUUAAAUGAGAACUAAAAUUUCCUAAGUUAUAAAGAUGAAAAAUGGGUAAUAAUUAUGACUGACUAUAAGCAAAUGUCUUAUUAAAGCAACUCGGUGUCUAGCCCUAAGUUAAACAGGGAAAAGUGUUGACGCGGAACGAAAGGUUUGUGAAUAACUGAUCGUUAAUUUAUUGAGAUGUAAGAAAUACACUUUGAGGGUGACAUGGGGGACGUGAAAUUAUUGAAUCUCUACCUUGCAGAUUUUACCUUGAAGAUUGGAUCCUCUUUCUUCUCCCUCUCCCAUCCCCGUGACUUAUUUGCACACUUGUUUUAACUGACUUCCUGUUUUGAUAUUUAUCGCCUAGACCAUAAACUCAUCCAUAUAAAUCUCCUUGAUGUAUAUUCCGCACUGUCUUUGAUUUUAUGUUCUUAAAUGUUUUUAGGCAGGGUGCAUUGUGCUCGGCAGUAUUCCUUCUAGGCUUAAUUUUUACUUCCUGUCCCAGCUUGCUUGAGUCUUCCUUCACCUGGUUUUCUCUUAACAACAGUGAUGAACCCUGAGAAAGUGCCGGCCUUUGGCCUCUGCACAGAACAGGAGCAGAGUACUUAGGACAUGUCACCCUCAGGGCAUCCUGAAAACUAGCAUAUUCUCUACAGUUUCUUCCUGUGUAUCAUCAAAGCCUUUUUUAUUUGCUAAUAAUUUUUAUAUUAAAUGUAAAACAUAUAAAUAUUUUCUAUUGUAUAAUCUUGGAUUCAAAAUCUGUGAGAAUAAUUUUGUAAGGUACAGAGAACACAUGCAUUUCUUUAAGAAUUUACUAUUAAUAUACUUGGUUUGGGCUGCUUAUGAUUUUCAUAUUUGAGUGCAUUCUGCUCCAAAAUGUUUUUGUACUCUGCAACUAAUUACUUUUGGAUAACAAAAGGCUUGUGUUUCACACCCUAAAAUAUUUGGGGGGUUUCCUUGUAAGAGGAUGGCCGCAUCAUCUACCUCUCUCUUCCCUGGUUGCUGUGCUAUUGUACGGGUACAAUUCUUAAUUACUUCAAAAACUGUGAUGGAGGAGAGAGGGACAGAUUUGGUUCUUUAAAACUGAUUUUAAAACACUUCAUAGAAAUUAAGUAGGAGUUAAAGCAAAAUACUUUUCUUCUCCAUCUGCACGCCUCUAGAUAUGAUUAUAAUAUAAAACAGCCUCUAUUCAGUGUUUAGGAUGGGUUCUCAAAGCUCACAAAGAAGUAGAUCCAUUUAACUGAAAUUCAUCUCAUGCCUUUGUCUAACUUUUCUGGAACAUAUUUUGCUCUUUUUUAUAAAGAGCUUUGUGUUUGGCCUUUUAUUAUCAUGCAUAUUGUAAAAUGAAUAAAAUCAACUGACUCAUUUUUGGGAAAUGUGCAUUUUUAAUGUGUUUUUCUAAUUGGUCUAGGCAUUAUGAUGCCAUCUCAUUUGGGAUGUAACUGAAGUAAUCUAUUAAUUGCUCCUAGACAAAACUGGAAAAUCUGUGGGUAAAGUACUGUAAACAUAGAAUUGUCGUGUGCAGUAUGUUUUUCUUGCUUUGCCCAUUGUAGAAAGAUGAAAGGAAGUCUUUCAAUUAUAGCAAAAUGUAGCUUCCCUCACCUGCCACACACCCCUGGACUGAAGCUCACAGAAGAAAAUUGUUCGUGUCAAAUGAAAUUUCAAUAAUAUUAGCUAUAAAAAAUAUAAAACACCAAAAGCUGCCUAAGACAUUAUUGCUUAUUCUGAAUGAAAAGGAACAGUGUAAAAAUGUUUUCUUACCAAAACUUGCCUUUAGUCAGAACAUUCAAGUUCUCAGGGACCCAGGCAUGACUGAUGAAACUUUCUUCUAAGACUUCAGAAAACAGAUUCUGACUAUGUCUAGGGUUUUUUGUUAUUUUCGUUUUUUUAAAAUAUGAGUUAAUGGUCAUUUUAAUGUUUCACAAUAUACUAUGUACUAAUUCCAGUGUUGGAUAGGAUUAUCUUAAAUUUUGGACAUGAAUAUAAUACAUGGAGAAGUGUCUAAAUGUUUUCGGCCACAUAAUGAGCCAUAAUUUAUAUGAAAAAUCCCACCCUCUUCUCUAAAGAAUAGUUUUCAAAACAAAUUUCAGAUUUGCUACCAUUCCCCUGACAAACUAGAACUUCUCCAUGUCUAGUCACUGAUUCUGUUCACCUGCAGAAGUCAUUGGCUAAAUCUUCCUUAUCACCUCUCGAAAUUUCUGGAAGCAAGUUACUAUCAAUAGUGAAUAUUGUAAGCUGCUUUCCAAACACUAGGGUAUAGUUACUGAUGCAAACUCUGUUCUUGAUGCCAUAGUUUUUAGAUUUCUUUUGUAUGUCGAUGUUACACACCAGUGUUCACGUAGCUUUUGAAAUAACGUGGCACUGAUGCAAUGAAUUCUGAGAACACCACUUGACGUACGAAAAUGUGUUGAUGCCACCUUUACUGCAUUGUUGGAGCAGACUUUCAUUUUACAAGUAUUCAUAUUUAUUUAAGAGGAUUGUAAAUGAAGAAAAUGAAGUCUGUCCAAUUAAUUGUGAGACUUUAGUUGGCACAUGUCCAAGAAUGUUUAGUGCAUUUUCUAGAAAAUAAAUGUGGAUGUUAUUCAGAACAAAGUUGAUGGCUUAUGCUAGCAAUGGCAUUGGUUCAUUUUAUUUACAUGCACACACACACACAGACACACACAAAUGAGCUUGCAUACACAUAGAGACACACAAACCCCUCUGUAUGCAAAAUGUAACUUAGUUUUGGAUAUAUUUAGUAUUUUUUUCCAAAGUUGCGACAGGUAGGUUAAUGCUACAAUAUGAAUUCUUUUUUAUUCAUUACUUGUAAUCAUGGAGUGUUCUACUCUUAGUUGUAAUAUUUAAAAGAAAACUGAAUGCUCACCCUUAGUCUGAGAGCCUAAGCAGUUUUGAGCAUUCCUGGUAAGGUGUGGUAUUCUUUUCCUAACCUAUGUCAGAGUAUAUCUAUGUGGCACAUAGAUACUGUGUUUUCAUUCUUCAUCCUCAAUCUUGAUUUUUUCCCCCCAGAUGUCACCAUAUUUCACUGUCACUUAACAAUAUUUGUGUUAAACAGGGUAAAUAGAGAUCCUCAGGAUCUUGGCGCUGUGGCAUAGCUUCAAUUUGUGUGCUCUGGUCUGCUGCCGUGAGUUAUUGGCAUAACAUUAUUGUUUGAUAGUGAAAAUAUUUGUUUCUGUUCUUCAAAUGUUUGAUGAUUCAAAUUUUAUAUGUUUAAUUAAAAUAUUGCAUAAUAUUGAUGGGUUCAGAAACCAUUAAAAUAAUCAAACAAUUA